AUGAGUACACUCGUAUUGCGAUUACCUGUCGUCUACAACGACCUUGGACGCCAAAUAUGCCCUUGUCGUGGGGACAAGGAGAGUGGGAGAUUUGAGUAUAGUUACCUACUGUGCCGAAGAAUUAUGAAUCAGCUUGAGCAAGAUUUACGGACUAAACCGAUUUGCCUGAUUGUUCUUGGUAUGGCUGGCUCAGGCAAAACGACAUUUGUGAAGAAGCUAAAUGAGUAUUUAACAGUUUCAUCAAAUUCGUCGUAUACAAUUAAUUUAGACCCAGCAGUUCAUCAUAUUCCAUACAAUUCUAACAUUGAUAUUCGCGAUACUGUCAAGUUUAAAGAGGUCAUGAAACAGUAUGGUUAUGGUCCAAAUGGAGCUAUUAUGACAUCGUUGAAUUUUUUCGCCUCACAAUUUCAUAAAGUUGUGGAUAUAAUUAACAACAACUCCGGAAAGUAUUCCUAUGUAAUAAUUGAUACACCUGGACAGAUCGAAGUGUUCACAUGGUCUGCUUCAGGAAGUAUUAUUACAGAACUAUUAGGCAAUUCUUUUCCUACUCUGAUUAUCUACGUAAUGGAUACUCCACGAAGUCACAAUCCUAUCACAUUCAUGUCUAACAUGCUCUAUGCUUGCAGUGUGUUGUAUAAAAUGCAACUUCCGUUUAUAUUAGUUCUCAAUAAAACUGAUAUUAUAGACUGUGAUUUCGCUAUCCAAUGGAUGAGGGACUUUGAAACAUUUCAAGAUGCUCUAGCUGGUCAUCAUCAAUCAACUGAUGGACCGUCUGAAUUAGAAGGUGAUAAUCCUUGUCCUGGGACAUCACCAUACAUGAAUAGUCUGGUUCAUUCUAUGUCAUUAGUAUUAGAUGAAUUCUAUAGUACUUUGCGUUGUUGUGGUAUCUCGUCGAUAACUGGUGAAGGCAUGACAAAGUUUGUGGAAGAGAUUGAUGAAGCCAAAGAAAAAUACUUUAAGAUAAAUCUUCCAAGUUUGUAUGCUAAACAAGAAAAAAACAAGCAAGAUUCAAGCGAUAAAUCUAGUAAGUCUCACUCAUCUAAACAUGGACCAAUGCUUUUGGAUUUGGCUGGUAAUGAUGAUGAAGCUGAAAAUGAUCCACUACCUGAUGUUGAUGGUAUAGAAAUUCGUCCACACAGUGAUUCAGAUAAUGAUGAUAACGAUGAAUUUGUGGAAUCAAAAGAUUUCACAUCUAUUCAAAAUAAAUUUCAACAGUCAUGCUCUGUUGAUCCUGUUAGUUCUACGAACUGUGAAAAUUAA